AUGCACUUCUCCUCCGAGAUCUUUGACAAAAUUCAUCACCGUCUCGAUCGCAAAGGCCUCAAACACCUGCGACUAGGAUACAAACAUAGCCCCGAGCCGGUCCGAACCAUACAAAACGCUCCUGCUGUGCCUUGGGGCUGUAUACCCUCUGAGAUAUUUGACCAAAUCAACCAACACCUCGAUCUUCAAAGCCUCAAAAAUCUCCGCCUCGUGAACAAACAUACCGCAGAGCGAUGCCUCGGUCCACACUUUCUUUCAUUCGCACGGCGUGCCCGAACAGAUCUCACCGAGGCUAGUCUUCGAGCUCUACUGAUUCGUGCCCGUCAUCCUAUCUUUCAGAAAGCCGUACGUCGCUUAGCAAUCCGGGUUAUCAUCUACGACGCUCACAGCCUGGUACCAGCAACCACAAAACUCGAAACAUACUAUGGAAGUAGAGCACCAGCGUCAAGGUGGCUUAGAGAAGCGCAGAAGACACGCAAUAGCCUACCAGAUGAAUUCAUAAUUCAUUCUCUUGCCACUGCAUUGAAACAUCUUUCAGCCCUGCAAGAGAUCAGACUCGAACCCUCUCUUGCCAUUGCCCCGAACACAGAUCAAUGGCUCACCAGGUUUCCAGCAAAGUAUUCAUGGAUAUCCCACGCGUGCUUUCUCACACUGGCAGCUAUUGCGAGAAGCUCAAAUACAAUUCAUCAAGUGGAUAUAUACACCAGACGUGAGUCCGAUGGGAAAACGGAUCACAUUGAUGAAAGCUGCGGCGUCCCAAUUGGUGAAUUUGCUCGUUACCUCACAAAGUUAAAUGAUUACGGCUCGAACAAUGUCCACUUUUCAAUCGAUAAUCUUGGGAUGAAACUCUCUGGCGGGAAUGGUGAACCAUCUGACUUUGCCGCUGUUGGCAAGUUAUUGUAUUGCAUGUCCGAUCUUAGCAUGUUAUACCUUACGUUCGAUUUCGACUAUCAUGUACACCCGGUCCUUGACAGCUACUAA